UUGACAAAAUGGGAGAAGCAGAAUCCACUCAGAGUCCCUAAACCUAUAAGCAUUAGAUCAUAUAGAAUUUCAUUGUUAGUGUAAGGCCUCUCUUUGAGUUCCACAAAAGUGCAACUAGCAUCUUCAGUUCAAUAUAAAUACAGAAUGCUGGUAUGGUGUAGCUCUAGCAACCAUUUAGUGUGCAGGAAUUGUGAUUAUUCUUCAAAGUUGUUUUUUUAAGCAUUAUUUUGUUUUGGGAAAUAAUUAUUGGGAAAUACUUCAAAAGCUGACAAAUUAUCAGGAUGAGCCAAAGGUACUUACCAGUGACUGCAAACAAGUGUAAACCAUGAGGACUGUCUGAAGCAGGAGUUUUCUUCAUGUGACAAAAGGCAACCACGUUGCUUGCCAGUGAUGCCUGCAGGUCAGAGUUUCAGGAAGGUGAAGCGAGACAUUAAAGAGGAGACCCGCAUAGAAGAUGCAAAGCACUGUAGGAAAAAGAAUGGGUGUUUCUUGAAGAAGAGGCUUUCUACACUGAACUUCUUCUCUGGACCUUCAAAGAAAGUAAUCCCCCAGGAGAAGAACUUGCUCUUUGAGGACCAGCAAAGAGGCCUGCAAAGAAAGGAGUCCAAGAAACUGAAGAUGCCAAGAGAGGAGACAUGUUCCUUGAGGAAGCCACACUCUGGGAAAAUGUGCCCCAAGUGCGAAAUCAGUAUCUGCAGCAUGUGCAACACACUACACACAGAGAGCAGCUUUAUUGCUCAUAGUCUGCUGGACCAUUAUGACCAGGGAAGGCACUCCUGCUCUUCUGAUUCUGGAUUUCCCCAAGAACCCCAUGUCUGUAUGAGCAGUCCAGGACAAAGCAGGAGUAUUUGGCUGAUGUCUGGUCUUGUGGCCCCAGAACCUUAGAGAGAGCCUUAGCACAGUAUUGUUUUCCAUCAUCAGCCAUUCAGAAGUAAAGCUCUGCGUACUAUAACAAAGCACUUGUGUAUUGUAUUGAGCACGUACCAUGCAGAGCAGGCAUUUACUAGCCAUGGCCAGUGUGUUGAAGUGUGCCUGGAAGCUGCCCAUAUCCAGGGUUCAUAUGUUAAACUGCCAACAAAUCACAGGGAGGUAUGUAUCCUAGGCUGUGCUAAACAUAAUUCAUUUCUUAGCUGAUAAGAUAAAGGAGUUGCAUAGCACAGAACUUGACAAGCCAGGCUAAUUCUGUGAUAUAUUUAUUUGUAAUCCAGGGGUUCUGAAGCUUGGUUCUCCAGAUGUUGUAGGACUACAACUCCCAAGGUCACUGUGGCUGGGGGUGAUGAGCUGCAACAACAUCUGGGGGUACAAGUCUGAGAAUCCUUGUAACCUAUACGUUCAGGAACUUUUUUUGUUGCUACGCUGGGAUGUUCAAAUUUUAUUAAAAGUUUUAUUUCUGCUUUAAAA